AGUCAGCUGUGAGCUAUCAGCUCCAGCUGGGCAGCUGGCUGGUUUGCUGGUUCACCUAACCUCUACAAAUCUAGUGUUCAAGUCUUUUUUAAUAUUAUUUUUUUAUUUUUAACUAAAUUAAUGUAGUAUUUUCUGGGCAAUUAACACAGUAAUCAGAUUUUCUUGAUAUGACUGGAAAGAAGAAAUCUAAGAGAACUAUUUCUAGUAAUCGCACCACUUUUGUCGGCGAUAUCACACUUGGAGAUUUUGCCAAUGCUGAAUCGCCCAGAGGAAGAGUGAAAAAAUCGAACGAUUCACUGGUUGCUGGAGUUCAGCAAUUGAAAAUAGAAGAUGAACCUCAAGCCGUCCUUAUCGAUUCAGGUGAUGAUAUUCGAGAUGAGAAAUCUCAGCGCAAAAAGAAGCUUGUCAAGAAAGUAUUGGUCAGUGGAGGUCGCACCUAUCCAAUAGAUAUUUGGUACAUACUUUCCAAAUACAUACGUCCAGAAGAUGUCUGCACGUUCGCGUGCAUCUGUAAAAGUACUCACCAUGUUGUCUGUACUGUUACGUUCUGGAUGCAUUUGUAUAAAAGUUUUAACCCGGAUAUGAGAAAGACGCCAGCUUUAUUGAAACCUGACCGUCUGAUCCACAAUCGUGGACUCCGUGUCAUUGUGAUCCGGGCUCUAUACAUCAUGUACAAGCCAUUAGUCGAAAGAUCCAAGUCAAAAAUGAUUUUUGAGGCUGAUCCCAGACAGCUUAUAAAACGACAAUGUGUUCUGCUGUGGCAUGAGAAAGCUAAAAAUAACAACUGGAUUUACUGGUUCAAGCUGCAGAAGACUGAUAGUUCAAACAGUAGAGCGGCAUCUAUUUACAAAAACUUCCCCGAGAAGAUGUUAGGAGUUUGUGCCAACACCGAAGAAGGCUGCAAAUGCCUCAAGGUUUCAUGUCCAAGCUACAAUCCACCGCCAAUGGUACUCGGCCAGACUCUGAUGUCAGUGUCACUGACGUUGGAUCAUUCGCUGCGAAACAGAAUUCAGCUGGUGUUUGGUUCAGGACCGAGGAAUGUGGUUGACUACAAUUCCACUACUUUCACACUCAACCCCGUCAGUCAAAUACAUGUAUUAGAUUGGUGGCAUCCACUCUACCCCUAUCCCUACAGUCAAGUAAAUACAUCCGAUGAUUUUUAACACUAAAUUUGUUCUUCAAAGUUGUUUCAUAAAACGUAAAUCAUAUUACUAAAAAAUAAUUGAACAUGAUGAUCUCCUACAGUUAAUGUGUUCUAUAAAUUUGUUUCAUAAAACGUAAAACAUCCCCGAAAAAUAGUUGACUAUAUAUAACUAUAUAUAUAAUAUAACUAUAACAACCUAUAAUAAUAUAACUAUUAUAAAUUGAAUAAUUAAGUUUAGAAACUAUUGAAGAGUUAAGAAACAGUGAUGCUGGGUUAGACCAUGCAAGGUUAGUUUUAAUGCCACAUCAGCGCUAAGUAAUUAUCAGCUUAAUUGAGAAUGAUGACUACUACAAAAGAAACAUAAGAGCAUUACAAACCGGUGUUUGACAUAUAAAUAUUAUCAAUCAAUUCUCUUAAUUACUAGUAAGUUAUUUUGGAGUUUUUAAUUGAUAUAGGUCUACUCUGUAAUGCUUUAACAAUAUAUAAAAUACACCCUUUUGAAAUGGAGAUUUAGAAUUUCCCAUCAUCUUGGUGGAAUUGAUGGUGCAGGUGAAUUAUGAAAUAGCCACAUUUUUAUUGAAAUGUAUAGAAAGUACUUUCAAUAAAUUAUAGCAAAUAAAAAUGGUCCACUACAGUUCAUUUCCUGAUGAUUUCGAUGGAUUAAAUGCAUUAUGGAGAUGGAUUUUCAAGGACAAAAAUCACUGCCACUUUUUAUUACAAAAAGUAUUCCAUUGAAUUUUUAAUUCGUUCAGUUUACUGGGCGAAUUGUGAUAAAUGUAACAAGUACAUAAUUAUUCUACUUUACAUUCCGCUCUAUAAAUUUUGAGAAAACAAUGUUUAUUUUUGCUCAAACUAAACUGAAUAGCAUGUUGUGUUGUUAUAUAGCUUUUUAAAUAUUUUGAUUUUAAUAGACCGAAACAACUCAAUAAGUGGAAUUAAUAUACCUAAUCAUUUUACCGAAGCCCCGCGUUCCUUAUAAUUACAUGUUUCAGUGUAUAUUUCUCCCAAACAUUGAUAAAUUAGUUACUAAUGUAAGGUGGAGUAAUUCUUUUGUACUGUACUUACGUUUGUAUAACCUAGAUAAAUUAUACUUGACUUCAAGAUCUCAUGUAUUUUUUCGUAAAUUAUAUCUUUGAGCAUUCAAUUCAAAUUAAAUAUUUUUCUUAAAUAUUCAAGGCAUUGAAAAUUAAGCUUUCAAUAUUUAUUUUUAAGGAGCCAUACCAAAAUAAUUGGUAGUGAGCUCUGGGAAAUUCCUUAGAUUUGAUAUAUUUGUAAAUAGAAACAAAUAAAUAGUAUAUUGUUUUCUUUGGAGAAAUUUAUGUACAUCUCGAAGACCA